AUGGACUUCCUUAGAGUCAGCGGAGCAAUCAGGUGCAGGCACUUCCCAACUUCCCUAAGAAAAGGAGCUAUGGCAUGGUACCACAGUCUAGCUCCUCAAUCUGUAUCUUCGUGGAGAGAUCUAGCCGAUCAAUUUUGCAGGCACUUCACUGCCUCUCGGAAGCAACCAAAAACCGAGGCAGUGUUGGACGCCAUUUUCCAAGGUGAUAAUGAAUCCCCUCGCAACUUUAUUGAGAGAUUCAACAAAGAAGUCGUUCAGAUGACCUCCUCCUCAAAUCUCAAGCUUACAUACAAUAUGAGGAGCAGCAGGCAGCAAAUGCAGCUCGUUAUGGGCGAGCAGGCAAUACGCAUUCUGCUCCUCAAUCUCAUCAAGAGCAGUCAAACCGAGGAGGAGGAGGAGGAAGAAGAAGAAACGAAAGGCCAAGAGAGCCCCGAGAUGAAAUAUUCAAGGGAUGAAAUAUUCAAGGAAUGUAACUCAGCCGAAUUCAAGGAAUGUAACUCAGCCGAAUUCACAAAAGCGGGAAUUAAGUUCCCAAGACAAACACCUCUCAAACCUGGUCAAGACAAGAACAGAUAUUGCAAGUAUCACAAGAGCUAUGGCCACUUGACUGAGGACUGCAUUCAGCUGAAGGAUGCCAUCGAAAUAUUGGUCAGAAACGGACAAUUGAAGCAAUACGUCAAAAAGAGCAACAAUCCUCGACCAGAAGCUGCUGGAACCAGCACAGUUGAAGAAGCUCCACCUGAAAAAACCGGGCACAAGCCAGUCGCCCUCUCCAUUUCCCGUACAGAGGAUUUUUCCAUCCCUGAUUAUCUAGAAGACAAUUACAUUGCCCCCACUCUACAGGAAUGGGAAACUUUUGUUGAAGCUAUGGUCAUAUCCGGUGGGGGAUUUGACAAGCACUCUGUUGGCUCAAUUAAAAGAAAAUUUGAAGAACUCAUUGAUGCCUCUUCCAACAUGAGUGCAACCCUGGACAAAGCAAAAGGGCAAUUAAAGCCCCUAUCAUUCUACAUGGAAGAGCUGCCCGGAGGAGCUGCAAACUCCAGAUUCCCCUGCUCAUCAGGGUCGAUAUGGCAAAUAUGGAUGUUCGGCGAGUAUUGGUCGACCAGGGAAGCUCCUGCGACAUUAUGGUUUAACGGAGCAACUACCAAACCGUGGGGGUAUGUCGACCUCUUGGUCACCUUCGGUUCCCAGGAAACAGCUAAGACAAUUAAGGUCAAAUUCCUGGUCGUCGACUGCCCUUCCCUAUACCAAUGCAUCCUGGGCAGGACUGCCAUAGCAGACUUGGUAGCUGUGCCCUCCACUGCCCACCUGAAGAUGAAGUACUACACCCACAAGGGGCAGGUCGCCACUUUGCAUGGGGACAUCGAAGCUGCAAGGAGAUGCUUCAAUGCAUCCUCCAAGGGAAACGAGUACAUUGGAGAAGCUCCCGAAGCCAAGAAAACCAAAACUCCAACAUCGUCACCCGCACCAAACAUCAGCUCAAUCGACCUGGACAGCCGCCUUUCCAAGAAAGAAAACAAGGAGGAGAAGAAACUACGCAAGGAAAACAAAGAAGAGGACGAAGCUAGCAAAGAGCACCAUCGUCCAAUUCCCGAUGGCGAAUUCGAGCUGGUCCCAUUCGGUGAAGAUCCGAGCAAGGGUGUGAAGAUUGGGACAGGGCUCCCCGACCUGGCUAGGAAGCAGCUGAAGGCCUGCCUAAGAGAGAACGCUGACCUGAUACAAUCAAAUUCCAAUGGCAGUGGCGGACAGGGAAAAAAGAGCCUUCAUGACUGA